UUUUAGGGGUUUCCCGGGAGAACAUUGAUUUCUCAGAAAGCCACUCGAAGGAUAUGAUUUGUGUCAAGUAAUCUGCAAGCCAAAUGCCGGAUGUAAAAAGACAGACAAAUUCGCUCUUUUUGGCACGAGUUUUGUACGUGCGAAGAAGUCCAUAAGCCAAUAUUAUUUCUUUAAGAUGUUUUCUUAAUCGUUGGGCGCGCUCUAACCAGCAACCAAUCACAGACUAAUCUUCUCCACGUCCUAAGAAUCCGCCAAAGAGAGAGACUUAGUAAGUAAACCUACUUAGCCGUCCACAAGUACCGCAACGGUUUGUGGGAAGUCUCGAAUCUGCAUCAAGUCGAUGUCUGGCGAGUGCACAGCUGACAUUGGCUCUGAUUAUAUCCAACACAGUCUGGCGAGAGAUUGUUGGAGGACAUUCGUUCCAGACAGAUUUGCCAAAGCGACUGCGUCGUGUUUAAUUCAAGAUGGCGGCAACGUUAACAGUGGGUCUGCUUUGCUUCGUUGCAACAGUGAUCACCGUCCUUCCACCUAUGGCUGACUCAUCGCCCAUUAGUCUGGAGGACGGUCGGCCAAAUGCCAGGCGAGUCUACUGGGCUCUCAACCAGGAAGACGAGAGCUCCGAAGACGGGGCCCAGACAUAUGGAGGGGAACAGAAAGAGGCGGGGGAUAGCUCGGAGGAAGUGGGAGGUGGCGGUUGGGGACCUGAUCCACCAGUCCGACCACCGGUUGAACCAAGUCAAGGUCCGGGUACCAGCAAUCCUAAUCCCGGACCAGAGACUCCAGAUGGUGGUGGUCCUGUGACCCAGGCUCCUAGUCCCUCAAUGGCACCACCACAACCUGCCACGAUGCCACCCGUAACAGCUCCCACGACUCCCCCGAGAGGCGACGGUGGCACCGGCAUUGGUUCGUUUGCCCCGAGGCAAGCGGUAGAACGCGCUCCCAAUGUUCUCCCUCUCCCCAACCCGCCAAAGAUUAACAACAACAUCGCCGCCAUUUCGAAAGAGGUCGAGGUACCAACAAACCGGAACAGAGUUCGUGUGCCGCUGGGGGCGCUCUUGACGGUGGUUGUGAUUGGCGGGCUGGUCGUGGUAAUGGCAGUCGGAGGCGUGGCUUAUUUCUUUGCCACAAGAGUCAGGAUACAUUGACAAUGAGUGUUGCACAUUGUGUUGCUGACAUGCUAUUUAAUUGUUAACAAUUGGGUGGGCGCGGCUACGGACAACCACGCCCCCAACAACCACGCCCCCAACAACCACGCCCCCAAUGACGCAAGAGUGACAUUCGGUAUCAGCCAGCCAUUUCUUGUGCAAUCAUACAUUGUUAAAAAUUACUUCAAUUAGUGAAAUUCAAACUUGUUACCCACCUAUAGUUGGCAUGUAUCAUUGUCUUUUAUAUGGUUUUGGUUUUCGCCCUAUUUUAAUAAAUGGCUCUUUUGUUUCUAUGGCGACUUUGUAAACUAAAGAGAAACUCACAUUGCUAUGUAUAGUGUAAAUAGUUAUAUUAUUCAAGUAUUCUGUACUUAUUUUAAAGUCAAAAAGUCCUCCCUGCGUGUACAAACUGUACUGUUUUUAAAAAUUAAAAGCAGACAAAAAACACCUCUGUCUCAUCAAGGUGAUUGUUGCUGAUCACAUGAUGUAAUACCGUGUGUCACAAAGUGCACUGUUUGCUGUUAGCCUUCAUUUAUCAUAUAAAGUAUUCCACUAUUUUAAGGUUAUUCUGGAUUUAAAACUGACUCAUAAACCAACUGAUAGAUCACAGCAAGUGACCUGUCGGUUCGCCAGGAUGUUCAUCAAGGUCCCAUAAUUGUACUUUGAAGAGCGCACGACCACCACGUAUCACAUGCAGCACUAGUUCGGGCGAAGACCAUUAGUCGACUAGUGGUCGAUUUGUGAUGUAACUUUGUGACGUAGUCAAACGCCGGUCAAAACGUCAUCACAAACCAGCUGGGUUCUGGCUCCCUGCUGUACAUUAUGGUGCGCGCAGCUAUUGAUAACCAGCGAUGCAACCGUGCUCCGGUUCCAAAAUGUCGACUACAGUAGUGCAAUCAUCCUGCUUUCGAGUGAAAUUAGUCGAACUAUGGUUAAUUAACCAUAGUCCUCGCUCGAACUAUGAUUACCAAAGACUGAAACGUUUCAGUUUGAAGGGAGAACGACGAAGCUCCAAACAUGCACACGAUCCUCAACAACUGCGCAUGUGUAAAAAAAAAAUGGUCUUUUUGGCGAAUGGGGGCGCUGUGUCGUCGCCAUUUUGGAGGAACACAAAAAGACGUGAAUCCAACGUUAUUGACGUAUUGGCUUUACCUGUUGCUAUAAUUUUAAAAAAAUAUAUAUGUUUGGAUUGAAAUUGAGUUGUUAAAUCGUUUUAUUGUGUUUAUUUUUGUUAUGUUUUAACCAGAAAACAGUGCAAACAUUUGAUCAAAUAUUUCAGGUGAAUUGUUACAAUUGUCCUCUGUAUAAGUAACCAACAAUAUUUUCUGAGAAAUCUUUUGCAUAGUUGAAGUUGUUAUGUAAAUGUACAAAAUGAAAGGCAAUACAAAAAAGGACCAAAUAUAUUUGAGGAAAUAUGACUGUAAUUAUGUCUAUGAAAUAAUUGGACAAUAAAGGGUCCAUGAAAUGAAUCUUUCUUAGCAACACAUUUUGUGCAACUUUCUACUCCUCUUUAAUGUAUG